CUGAGUGUAUUUUGGAGCCACUGUCUCUGCCAGAAAGUCCAGGUGGUGUUGAUGCUGUAGAAAGUCCUCCCUAUGUGCCUUGUAUUUUCUGCACAGAAUGCUAUGUCUUAGCAGAACAAAACCAGCUCCUGAAGCACAUGAUUAUUGAACACAAGCUUGUCAUAGCAGAUGUGAAACUGGUUGCAGAUUUUAGAAGCUACAUCUUGUACUGGAAGAGGAGAUUUGCAGAACAGCCUAUCACAGACUUUUGUAGUGUGAUAAGAACAAAUUCAAAAGCUCCAUUAGAGGAACAGGACAAUUAUUUUCUUUUAUGUGAUGUUUUACCAGAAGACAGGUUACUCAGAGAACAGCUUCAGCAAAAGAGACUGAAAGAAAUUCUAGAACAGCAACAACAAGAGAGAUAUGACACAAGUUUUCAUAGUGUGUGUAUGUUCUGUGAUCAAGAAUUCACAGGAAACAGAUCUGUUCUUCUCAAUCAUAUGGCAAGAGAGCAUGCCUUUAACAUUGGGCUGCCAGAUAACAUUGUGAACUGCUAUGAGUUUUUGGCUGUAUUACAGGGAAAGCUUGACAACUUGCAGUGUUUAUACUGUGAAAAAGUCUUCAGAGACAAAAACACACUUAAAGACCACAUGAGAAAGAAGCAGCAUCGCAGAAUCAAUGCCAAAAAUAAAGAAUAUGACAAAUUUUAUAUCAUUAAUUACUUGGAAUUUGGAAAGUCUUGGGAGGAAGUGCAGUCAGAGGAUGACCGGGAAUUACUAGAUAACCUAGAAGAAGAUUGGUCUGACUGGGAAGAGUAUCCUGUAUGUGCAGUUUGUCUGUUUUGUGAACAACAGGCAGACACCACAGAAAAACUGGAUCUUCACAUGCAGAAAUCACAUGGAUUUCACUUUCCCAAAAUAAAGUCAGAGCAUGGUCUGAACUUCUAUCAGCAAGUAAAACUAGUGAAUUUCAUCAGAAGAGAAAUCCAUCACUGUCGUUGUUACAACUGCCAGGAGAAAUUUGAAUCCAAACAAGAAUUGAUAAGUCAUAUGGAAGAGACCAAACACAUUGCAUUCCUGCCAGCCAGGUCUACAUGGGAUCAACCACAGUAUUAUUUUCCUACCUAUGAAAAUGACACACUCCUGUGUACGCUGUCAGACAGUGAAGAUGCAAAAACUGAGGAUCAAAGUGAAGAAGUGCCUGUUGUAAGCGAAGACAUAUCCGGUCUAAAAGCUCUCAAACAGAGCAGUGUUUUAAACCAGCUUCUGUACAAAGAGAACAGGAAUCAGGAGAAAUUCUGACCUGGAAGUACAGUGGCUGACCCUUAGUGCUUUUUCUGCAAGACAAAAAAAACAAAAACAAAAACAUUAUUUCAAUACUAUUGGAAUACAGUUAAACUCACAAAUGUUAUUGUCAUUGGAGAAUUCACAGUAGAAAAUGAAUGCUAAAUAAAAAUUUAAGUGUUAA